UGCAUGAUGGGAUGCAACAGCGUCCAAAAUCUUAGCAACAGUAAAUACGGAAGUGAACAAUAACAUUGCUUGAACAUUUCACUAUGAUAACUUGGCAUAAUCAAAAUUAAAGCAAACUAACAGAAAUAUUCUAAGAAAAGAAAAGUGUUUUAAAGGUGAUGGAGACAGUCAACCGAUCAACAAUUAACGUCACAUUACCCAGUGAGCAUGCCUUGCCUCGCGGGGCAGUUCUAAUGAAGCCUCAACUCACACCACUAUCAUCACCACAAGACCAGACACAGGAGGAGAAUCUUAGCCCAACAUUAAUUAAAGGAAGAGAGGCUAUCCAGGUGUUAGCUGCUCAUAUGAUUGAAAGAUGUUGGUGUCGCUAUAGAGACCGUCAAAUGUUCCAACUCCUUAAACAUGCAAUCUGUGCAGCUGAGCAUUCAUUAACGUAUGAAGUUCUACGGAAAAUUAGUCCGACAGAAGCCCACCUACUAAAAGACCCAAGUAUGAAUGCAAGGAUACGAUUUAGGUUUGGUGGUAGUGAAUUUCCACCUAUGAUUUUAUUCAAAAUUUUCACUCAUACAAAAGGAAUGGGACUGCAGUACUACAGUGGCAAAAAGUGCAUAAAACCAGCAUCAGAGGCAGCGGUGGAUGCAUGCCAAAUGAUGGGUAAUCGUAAAUUCUAUGAUCAGAUGAUUGCAGAUUCAUGUCAAUACGAGAAGCAUAGGAUUACGGAAGAGGUCGAUGUUACGACUGUAAAAGACUACAUGCAAUAUCUUAGUGUGUUGGAUGAGUUGCCAGCUUAUAUGGGAGGCAAGGAAAACCUAUGGAGGAAGUUAGACCUAAACAUUUUAACUCGGUCAACCAUCUUGUAUGAUAUUGUGGACUACCUUGAAGGCAACCAAGCUAGUUCCCGGUUACAGAAUGAAAUGAAAGCACUAAUAUCUAGGCCAGUUACCCAAGAGCUACAGCGUGAACACAUACGAAUCAUUUCAGAACUCAGAACGCCAGAACCGUUAGUACUUCCAAAAUCACAGAAUACUGCACGGGUUUCCAGUGGAAGCCAGUCCAGCCGAGGCUCAAGACAGGCUAGGCAGAGAGCCAGUAAGAUGCGGCGUAUGUACCAGACAACAAAUGAAAAUGAGCCUGGUUUACAAGUUGAUGUUACAAAGUCAAAUGACGAGAAGAAUGGAGAUGACUACCACCUAGUGCAGUCUGGGGAUGAAUUUGAAGAGGAGGCUGAUCAACUGUUCACAUGGACUCAAAACUUGUCCUAUGAAGACAUUGGUUUAACCAGCUGACCUAUAGUAUUUGAACUAGGAGAAAGGUCAUUUAUUUUAAUUCAAAUAACAGAGAAGGAAAGUCUUGAAAUUUUUUUCCAGACUUCAUCCACAUUUACUUAAUAAAUCCAGUGAAUUUAUUUUUCAAAAUGGAAAAGGACAAAUAUCUGCACUGUACUUAUAAUGGGAUUCAAACAUUUUGAUUGCCAUUUGAUAGUCCCUCCCCUCUCUAACCUUUAAAAUUUUGGACUAGAGGUGCUUAUACAGUUAAACUUGCCUAACUCGAACUUAUUUUACAUGCCAAAUUGUUGUGUUUUCCAUUAAUUAACAAUCUAUAAGUCAAAUUUUAUCGAAGUCCAACAAGUUUUCAAUGGCAUUUUUUAUUUGACUUAGGCAAGUUCAACUGUAAACCAUUUUUUGUUCAGGCCUAAUUCAUUAAAAUAGUGCUAACGGUUAAUGUUCAUGUAUAUUUUAUUUUCUUCCUUAUUAUUCUUCAGUAAUAUGUAUAGUGUUAUUUUAUAACAAUAAAUGAAUAUACUGUAUUCAUUAUUUUAAGCAUA